AUGGGAAAUCACCAGAUAGCUGAGAUCUUGGCGAUGGAAGGAGCUGGGAUCAGAAAGCAUAUCAUCGUCGACAACUUCAUUAGCAGGUAUGGCUCGUAUGAUAAGUGUGGGUUUCUGAGACGAGACGUCUACAACCUAUGUUGCCGAGAAAAAAUGAAGUUGAUUGCAAAGGGUGAUGCUAACACGGCAAUCGGAAUUUUGAGGAGCAAAAAGGAGAAGGAUCCAGACUUUUUCUUUGAGUACGUGCUCGAUAAGGAGGGCCGUUUGAAGAGCAUGUUCUGGUGCGAUGCACAGUCGCGGCGGGACUAUCAGUUGUAUGGAGAUGUGACUGUGUUUGACAGCACGUAUAAGAUGAGCAGAUAUGGUAUGCCGUCCAUCCCCUUUGUUGGUGUAAAUAAUCACCAUUGCACCAUAGUUUUUGGUUGUGCCAUUGUGUCCGACGAGACCGAAGCGACGUACGUGUGGCUGCUCCAGACAUUCCUGAAGGCCAAUUGUCAGAAAAAGCCAAG